GUGAUCUCAAACACAACUGCCCAGCCCCGACAUAUCGCUGCCUAACAUAACGUCUGAUUUACAAGCGCGUACUUGUAUCGCGCUGACGCGCACUUCCAGACGCCUUCCCCACCCCUCGUUUCUUUCCUUCAUGUACUUCUUGGCGCUACCCGCCGACAUCCUCCUGAUAGUCAUCAAAGAUCUCGAUGUGAAGGGUCUCGUUGCGUUGUCAGAGGCGUGUCAUCUUCUCCGCCGUCUAGUGCAUGAAUAUGGGUGGAAGAGUCACAUCAGACUAUAUCCCCGCCCCUCCUACAGCAUGGCCAAGGCCUUGUCCCAAUGGUGUCCGGGUGCGCAGAUCAAGUACCACACCUUGUCGGACAAAGCUUGGGCGCGGACCACAUUUGCCGCCCGGCCUUUAUCACGUCCAUGGCAUGGCAAACUCCAACCAUUAUUAGCGAUUAACAACUCCAGACUAGUGGUCGCCGCUGGCCAUAUACUAUACUCAUACGCUUUUACCACUUCUGGGGGUGACGGCAUCACUCCCGGCAUGCGAUUUGAGUGCUCGUACUCGCUUCUUCGCCCCCCAGAUUCCUCUAAGCACGAUAUCACGGCCGUCGUGUUUCUCCCCGACAGGGGUGAUCGCACGCUAUUCGUUGGUUUUGUUCACGGCGCCUUAGAACGCAUUUACUUGCCACCUAUGCAAGAUGGCAGGAAGGAAGUCACCAUCGAUCCCGUCCUACGGACACCAUUUCAUUACCAUCACGGAGACAUCAUUGAAUCCCUCUCGAUCACAUCCGAUCUACUUCUCUCACUGACUGAGAAUGGCACGGCAGGCCUUCUCAACUUAUCGUUCCCCACUCCCUCCCCACACAUGAUCGAGCUGGGGGAACGCGGCUGGGCGGCGUACCUCUCAACUCAAUCAUCGACCCCCUACGCUGCAUUUGGCACAUCAUCGGAUAACCCUCUCGCCGUGCACACCAUAACAAACUCUGAGAUCUCCGCAACGCCCUCCUCCAUCCUCUGGUCCUCUGUUAAGGACUUCGAGUCUGAGAGGUCGUCCGCUGUAUAUGGCAUCUCAAGCACCCCGCCUGGGUUUCCCUGGGGUGCAUCCGAUAAUAUUUUAGUCUCAGGGUGGUAUGACGGCUUCGUGCACGUGCACGAUCUGCGAUCACCCACCUGCGUCCCCCGCCUCAACAACAGCCCUGCUCCCCUCUUCCCUGUUCUAUCCCUCUCCGAUCCGUGGUCAUUCGAGCCCGUCUACUCUGUUUCGUGCGGCGGGGGAUCAUCAAGCCACAUAGCAGCCGGAACAGCCAGACACAGUGUCGUGGCAUUUUGGGACGUUCGCAGUCCUAAGACUGGGUGGAGUGUCCACGCGCCCGGAAAUGAUUCGUCUCCGGUCUACUCGGUCAUCCUGGAGAGCUCACGCCUGUUUGGCGCGACACAGAGCCGUCCUUUCGUGUACGAUUUCGGCCCGGGUGUCACCCCUGACACAUAUCCCCCUCUGCCCAGAGUGCAUGGGGACGAUGGACUAUCGUACAAAAAGGGUUGGAAUAAUGUUGGAUUUUACGUGACAAAGUAUAGCCAUAGAACGACUCAAUUACCAUAAAUUUAUCAC